AUGUCAAGAUCGCUGAUGAUGGCCACGGAUCAAGAAGCGCUCUCCGCCAAAAUGAAUUCCAAUACAAAAUUACCUCAUCAGCAUUUCCUAUCGCAGCGCUCGCUCACCUACUCCGGAAGCUUGGACUGCUCCACGCUUGCCGCUGCCGAUUUCGACGUCGAUCCCAGAUCCGCGUUUCUCCCACCAGAAGAGCCUUUGAGGAGGUUAUCUGAGUGCUAUGAUAUAUGGGAGUUAGCGUUGGAUUCUGCCCAAAAUCUCCCUCUUCUUCUAGACGGUGCUAACAACGAGGUUUCGAAUACAUGGCGUAAUGCCAUCUGUGGCAUGUCUGUACUCGAGCCCCCUACUAUCCUUUCCGACGGUAUCCGCUCGGUUCGAAGAGCAUACACUGUGCUGUCGUUCCUCGCUCAUUUCUUCGUUCACUCGCAGCCAGCGCACAAGAAGCAGACUACGCAAUCGACACAGAUCAUACCACGCUCCAUCGCGAUUCCUUGGCAUACCACCGCUCUGGCUCUCGGUCUACCUCCGAUCCUCACCUACGCCUCCACAGUACUGUGGAACUGGGAGUACAUUGACAAAUCAAAGGGCCUUAGACGUGGAAAUCUCCGAGCACCCUUGACUUUCACUCAAUCCCGCGAUGAAGAACACUUCUACUUAACUUCGGCGCAUAUUGAAGUAGAGGGGAGAUUAUGUUUGGAGAGGAUGUCUCAAUGUCUCGAUGAAGCGUUUAUGGCAGACGUAUCACCGCAGGUGUCGUUUCCCAGGAUGUGCAGGCAGUUGACUGAUCUAGCCGCUCAAAUAAAUGUGCUUACAGAGAUACUCGUCGCAGUGCGUGCAGAAUGCAGUCCCGAAGUGUUCUACACGAGCAUAAGGCGAUGGUUCAACGGACCAAAUGGCGAGGGCAAGUGGCAUUACGAAGGCGUCGACCCGCUGGGGGUGUAUAGAGACUACGGCGGACCAUCUGCAGGGCAAUCAUCACUAAUUCACGCUAUAGAUGCCUUCCUGGGGGUAAAUCAUGCUCCUGUAGACGACGAAGCUGAUUUCGACGACACUUUUAUGCGCAGAAUGCAGACGUACAUGCCUGACUAUCACAGGCGGUUCCUUAAUCACCUCAAAUGUGUCGAACCGAGCUGCCGGGAUGUCGUGGGUACGUCGCAUAAUGCUGACCUGCAAUCUGCGUACAAUGGUGCGAUAGAAUCGAUGAAGAAGUUGCGUAGUGAACAUAUCAAGAUAGCUACGCUGUAUGUUGUGACGCAGUCGCGCAAGGCAGAGAAAGAAUCAGACUCAAAUUCAGCAAAUGUCCCGGAAUCGCGCGAUACGGAUAUCAAAGGUACAGGAGGGACAUCAUUGAUAAAGUUUCUCAAGACAUGCCGCGAUAGAACACAUUCGACGUUGUUGGAAAGUACAGUGGGAGUAGAGAGAGAAAAAAUUGAUUUCGGUGGCAAUGUCGGUAGCGGUGGUGUGCUGCGAGCUGCAGAAAAGGUACUUGGCAGCGUAAAAGAGGGAUUUCUGGGUUAUGGGUUUGGGCCAGUGACAGCGAUUUCACGUCAGUUGAUUGUGUCGUACUUUCAGCGAAUCGAGAUUGGGAGGCUGGUUGUACUCGGUGAUGAGGGUGCUGUGGUAUUUGGAAAGGGGGAACCGGGCAAACAGCCACAAGCCACCAUCACAGUAAAGAAUCACGCUUUCUGGGUGCGUCUACUCCUAAUGAACGAUGUUGGUUUCAGCGAGGCGUACAUGUUCGGCGAUAUAGACGUCGAUGAUCUCACUUCCGUCUUCAAGAUUUUCAUAGCUAACCGCAAGCACCUCGCUGAAAUGUCGACUCUGCCUUCUUAUCUGUAUAGCUGGCUGGCGUAUGCUCUCAACACGCGUUUCGCAAACAGCAUAACGAACACGCGUCGCAAUAUCUCAGCUCACUACGAUAUCUCAAACGACAUGUUCACCAGCUUCCUCUCCCCCGAUAUGACAUACAGCUGCGGUAUCUACGAGGAUCCCAAGGCAGAUACGGAGGUGGCGUUGGCGCUUACUGGGAGCAAUGGCAGCAACGGUAGCACCACCAAUAACGGCAGCACAACCAGCAACUCGAAGAAAAAACAGAAAACACACAAACUGAAACUAAACAACAACGGCCGCACACUGGCUAAUGGGGAUGCAGUGAAUGAGGGUGAUGAUCUGCACGCUGCGCAGCUGCGAAAGCUGCACACAAUCAUACACAAAACUAGCAUUCUCCCCAACAUGCGUUUGCUAGAAAUAGGCAGUGGGUGGGGAUCGUUUGCGAUCGAGGCGUGCAAGCUUUACCCGAGUCUAAUAGUCGACACACUCACUCUGAGCACAGCGCAGAAAGAGCUCGCCGAGCAACGUAUCAGUGAUGCUGGACUGAGUAAUCGCAUCAGGGUGCAUCUCUGCGAUUAUAGAAACAUGCCACAGAGUUGGCACGCAAAUUUCGACCGUGUCGUAUCGAUUGAAAUGAUCGAAGCUGUGGGUAUAGAGUACCUGGCCCGUUACUUCGAUUGCCUUGAUUGGGCACUCAAUGACAACGGCAUCGCCGUCAUCCAGGCUAUUACCAUCCCCGAAGGUCGUUUCGGGGCUUACGUUAAGAAUGUCGAUUUCAUUCGCAAGUAUAUUUUCCCGGGUGGCGUUCUGCCUAGUCUCACAGCCCUCUUUGAUACACUCUUGGAGGGCACCAAAGGAAAGCUGGUGGUCGAUAAUGUUGUGCAGAUAGGCCCUCAUUACUCUCGCACUCUUCGCGAUUGGCGCAGGGCUUUCGAGGCGUCGUUCGAUACACAAAUUCGCCAUCAUCUCGCACUCGAACAUAAAGGAUUGUCGGAUGAGGCGAUCGAGGUGUUUAGACGCAAGUGGGUUUACUACUUUACUUACUGUGAGGCAGGAUUCGAUGCACGUGCUAUUGGCGAUCAUAUACUCACUAUCACCCGCGAAUCCAACCCACAGAUGGUGAGUGAUUAG